AUAAUAACCAGAAAUUCAAGAUAAAAUAUAAAACAAAGGUUCCGCCAAUUGCCACCGCACCACACGCAUUCGCCUUUCUCCAUCAAGUACAACACACCCCGUUGUCUUCCUCGAUAAACAACACACUUGGAUGUUCAGAUAUCUUUCUUGAUUUUUUUUUCAAUCCUCUCUGUGUUAAUAUUCUCCAUCCACCCCAAAUUAAAAUCACUUAUCAUCCACAGAUUAUUGUUUUAAACAAAAAUUGGAAGGAAGAAGAACGCCGGAAUGGUCAAGAAAAGGGUACCAAGAGUCGGCAGCUAUGCCAUUUCGUCCGCCAUUGCAGACCCUAACUGUUUUUCAUGCUCAACCUUUAACAUCCUUGCCCCCAUCUAUAAACGCCUAAUUCACGAGGAUCAUGCUUGCAGAGAAAGUGAAAUCAGAGCGUAUUGGUUGAAUAGGAAUAAAGGGAUUUUGGAUCUGCUAUUGUGCGAAAAAUCUUCCAUAAUCUGUCUUCAGGAGUUUUGGGUUGGAAACGAAGAACUUGUCAACAUGUAUGACACGAGGCUUGGUGAUGCAGGAUAUAUCAAUUUCAAGCUUGCACGCACCAACAAUCGUGGUGAUGGUCUAUUGACAGCUGUGCAUAAAGACUACUUCCGGGUGAUAGACCAUCGGGAGUUCCUGUUCAACGAUUUCGGAGACCGUGUUGCUCAGCUUUUACAUGUUGAAGUAAUUGCAGCCUUCACCGGGACCCAGUGCAGAAACAGUCAAGAAAUUCUCAUAGUUAACACCCACCUGUUGUUCCCACAUGAUUCAAGCAUGUGUUUGGAGAGACUGCGUCAGGUAUACAAGAUCCUGCAGUCUGUGGAGGCUUAUCAGAAAGAAAACAGUCUUAGUCCUUUGCCCAUCAUUCUGUGUGGUGAUUGGAAUGGGAGCAAGCGAGGUCAUGUUUACAAGUUCCUAAGGUCACAGGGAUUCGUAUCAUCAUAUGAUACUGCUCAUCAAUACACUGAUGCUGAUGCACACAAGUGGGUCAGCCACAGAAAUCAUCGAGGAAACAUAUGUGGUGUGGAUUUCAUUUGGCUUCUAAAUCCAAACAAGUCUAGGAAAGUGCUCAAAACAAGUUGGAGGGAUGCGGCUUUUGGGCUGUUGAAGUAUCAUGUGCGACGAGCAAGAGCCUCCCUGACUGAAGCAGAUGAUGCCUUUGCAUUUCUCAAGGCUGAGCCUGAGGCUGAUUAUAUUACUUAUUCGGGUUUCUGUGAGGCUUUGCGCAAGCUUAAUUUUAUUGGUCAUCCGUAUGGCCUGAGUGAGGAGGAGACAAAAGAGCUUUGGGUUCAAGCAGACCCUGAUGGCAAUGGUGCUGUUGAUUAUAAAGAAUUCCAGCAGAGAGUAUGGAAUCCUACAAGUACAAGGUGUGAGGAGGAAGAGGAAGAAGCUGUGUUAUUAGGGUACAGCGUGAAGAAUGCAGUACUUUACCCAACUGAAGCAGAAAAAGGAAUGUGGCCGGAUGAUUACUCACUCUCUGAUCAUGCCCGUCUCACUGUCGCCUUUUCACCUGUUUAUACAAAUAUAACUUCUUCUUGAUUCAUUCUAUAUUCUAUAUUCUAUAUUCUUCCACAUCCACUUUAACUUUUCAACCCAACCCAACCCAACCAUUGGUUUGGUGGUUGAUCCAGUCCUGAUGAGCAUACACAUUAUGGUGAUGGAUUUUUAUAGUCACCACCAAUUGCUGCUAAUAUAUAUAUUACAUAAUAUGUAUAUAUGAUUUCUUUGUUAAAUUCUCUCAUUUGUAUAAACUGUAAUAUUACCUUGGCAAGUUGGCAUGGCAUAUCCUAAUACUUUGAGUAAGUAUACUAGGAAAACGUAGAUCCAAAACAUGUAUGCCAAUAUGCAAUGCACAGGUUGAUAGGAGUAUUAGUUUUAUGAAUUUAUCGACUGCUAAAACUAAUUUUCAAACUAUUGAUCAAAAUCAUUAUAUUUAAUAAUGGUGAAUAAAUACAAACACAGCACACGGCACAUAAGUUUAUGGUAUUUUAAAAUUGUUUUAUUUCGUGUUCAGAAUGAUAAAACUAUUUUGCCAUAUAAACUUUAAUCAUAUAUCAAAUAUCAAAUGCUAAAUCAAAUUGGGAGAUGUAGUUCGAUCACAUCCUUAAGUAGGCGUGGUUCCUGGAAUACACGUUUAAGA